UGAAUCGGUCGAGGUACUGCAAAGAGCAGAAAGAUCGCAUCUUAUUUUCCCUUAUUAUUCCAAGCUCCUAAAUCAGUGAGUGAGUGAAAAUCUUCCUCUCGCAUCCUAUCCCUGGAUGCGGAUGCUUUCUUAAUGUGAGCGCUAUCUCAGAAUGCAAAUCAUUUUAUUAGCAUUAUCUUCCGUUGAACUUCCGAAAAAAUUGGUUACAAUAUUGAUUAACACACCAGAUAACAAGCAUUUAUAACUUCACAAUUACUUCCUGAAAAAUGUCAAAGUUUAUCUGAUGAAACUUUGGACUAAUAAAAACGUAAAUGAUUUAAUAGAUUAAAUCAUUCUUUAUUAUUGGGAAGAUGUUGGUUUUUAACCAAUUUAUACUGAAGAUAAAACUGAAACUUUUCGAAUUAAAAUGACACAAACUUAAAUAAUAAGUGCAGUUCCGUAAACUCAAGUAGAUUUCACACUUUUAAGUUAUUUUUUCUUUAUUCUUAAUGAAAUCAAAUGUUAAGUUUUUCAUUACGUUUCAGUUGAAAAUUCGUGACACUUCGUCAUCAUAAUUGAAUUUUACUUUUUUUUUUAAAUAUUAUAGUUCAAACAGAAUUUAUACACUAAAAGACAUAUAAAAAUUGUAGUAGGCGACAUUAUGGAAUAUAUGUGUGUGCAUAUUCUUAAAUAACGAAUACUUGACAGCUCAGUGUGUUAAAAUUUAGUUCCUUUAUUGUGAAAUAAUUCAUACUUGAAUUUAAAAGCUCAUAUUCAUCAUGAUACCAUUUAGAUGUAGACCCAACUACACAUUUGAUUGGAGCUUAAACCGUUGGAUAGUUUUCUGCUUACAGACACUGACUUUGGAGUGCAUCUUAGUAUCUUUACGUCAUGUGGAACCAGAGUUAAGACAAUUGAGUUCACGUGUUGUAUCCACUCGCUAUGGCUCCUUGCGUGGAUUCAUGAGUACUUUAUCUAAUCGCCAACUUCAAAAUGUGGAAGUCUUUUUGGGUGUUCCAUACGCAGGUGCCCCGAAAGGUCCACUGCGGUUUAUGCCACCAGUUACUUCCCCUCACUGGAAGAGUGUGAGGUUAGCUGACCAAUACGGGCCAGUUUGUCCUCAAAAAUUCCCUGACAUUUCGAAUGAAACAGAAGCUCUUCAAAGGAUGCCUCUUGGAAGAUAUAAGUAUUUGAAAAGACUGCUUCCACAAUUAACAAAUCAAAGUGAAGAUUGUCUUUACCUCAAUAUAUAUGUUCCAGGGACAGCACUUCGAGGAGCUUCCAAUCUUCCAGUUAUGGUAUACAUACAUGGAGAAUCUUACGAAUGGAAUGCGGGCAAUCCAUAUGAUGGAAGAGUUCUGGCAAGCUUUGGAAAUGUCAUUGUUGUCACAAUCAAUUACAGGCUUGGAAUUUUAGGCUUCCUGCCAGCCGUGGAUCGAUCUGCCCGAGGCAACUAUGGUCUCAUGGAUCAGGUGGCGGCAUUGCACUGGAUUCAAGACAACAUCCGGGAGUUCGGCGGUGACCCUGCCAAUGUUACGAUAUUCGGACAAGGCUAUGGAGCAGCUUGUGUUAACCUCCUUAUGCUUUCGCCAAUGGCUAAAGGUCUAUUUCAACGAGCUAUUAUGCAAAGUGGAUCAGCUUUGAGCUCCUGGGCCAUAGCACGAGAUGCUAUUACACAUACUAAUUACAUUGCCCGUGUUUUGGACUGUCCUGCUCAAGAUAGCACAGCACUGGUUGAAUGCAUGCGAAAGAAAAAACUCGAAGACAUCAUGAGCGUGUACAUUCAGGUACCUGAUCAUUUAUCUGGAUUCGGUCCAACAGUGGAUGGAAUUGUUCUUCCUCGCGACCCUGCUGAAAUAAUGGAAAAAAGUUCUUCACUUUUUACUCAGUAUGAUCUUAUGUUCGGUUCAACCCGAGUGGAAUCAUAUUUUCAGUUUACGGCAAUGGAAGAAAAGUUUGGAAUAGACAGUGGAAGAAGAGAUAGAUUGUUGAGAACAUUGGUCAGGAAUCUUUACACAUAUCAUUUGCAAGAGAUAUUUUUGACUGUCGUUAAUGAAUACAUGGAUUGGUCAAGAUCUUAUCUGCAGGCAAUGGAUAUUUUUGAUGGAACUGCCGACGCAUUAGGAGAUGCUUUAGUUGUAGCCCCUGUCAUUAGAUCAGGUACAUUUCAUAGUGGUGGAAUACCCAGGGAAGAUUCAUACCCAAUGCCCUCCUUACAACCCAUUGGAAGUGGCAAGAAGACAUACUUCUAUAUUUUCAGUCAUCAAUCUGAAUAUGGGGAUUAUGCUUCUCGACUUGGCUGUAUUACAGGUGAAGAUUUGGCAUACGUGUUUGGAGCUCCUUUAGUGGAUACCUUAUCUCAUUUUUCAACAAACUACACCAGAGCUGAAGUAACACUCUCUGAAAUUACAAUCACUUAUUGGACCAACUUUGCAAAAUUUGGGGAUCCUAAUAUUAUAUCUCAAGGGGGAGAAGUACACAUGGAUAACAUCAGAGGAAGAUAUGACAGAAUUGUUUGGCCUUUGUAUGAACCAGUUCAUCAAAAAUAUAUUAGUAUAUCAAUGAAACCCAGAAUACGUGAUCAUUAUCACGCCCAUCGUUUAUCCUAUUGGCUCAACCUCAUCCCACGAUUACAUGAUUCCGGAGAUGGAAAUACUUCAAUUCAACAUCAUCGUCUCCAUGACCACGACAACCCUUACAGCUACGAUGGAGUUGUUAGACACCGAGACAAUUCCGGUAGCCUACAUCCCGCUCUAACCACUCCAUUUCUCGAAGAAGAACCUGUACAGAUUCUGGAGCCCCAACCAAAUGAUACUGCUUCCAAAAAUGUGAGCAUCAUGGUUAAGAUCGAUACCGAAGUAGUAACUAUGCCGGAUAAGACUUCUCCUGGAAUGAAUGGGACUCAAUCAAGUGGAAGUGAAGAAACUGUGUAUUCCACUGCACUGAUUAUCACCAUUGCAGUGGGAUGUUCCCUUCUCAUACUAAAUGUCAUCAUAUUUUUCGGAAUCUAUUAUCAGAAAGAAAAGGAUAGUUUAGAAAAGAAAUUGCAUAAAACAUAUUAUGAGGAAAGAAGGAGUGAGGAAGAGGAUGGUCGUCCAUCUGGUGAAAAGCCUUUUCUUGUGAAGGACAUGUCAUCCUCAAUGAUGCUCAACCAAUAUUGCCCACCCGCCGAGUUUGACGGCAGCCAGACACUGGAUUUGGUACAACCGAGCAAAGCUAAGCUCCCAUUCCAGAAUCCGGGAGGGAAGGGUCAAGAGGAAAGUCAGUUCCACUUGGGUUCCCGGAUGGGUCAGGGAGAAAGGGAGAUCGGAAUCCGGGAACCCCUCCUCUCCUCCUCCAAGCCGCACGCAAUCACAGCCAAAGUCGAUUGUUUGCAAGCUUGGGAACAUCCGGCUCAAGAAAUGACUGUGUUUGGAAUAGAUAGUCACAGCUAGGACAAGAAGCACUAACCUAAUUCAAAGAGUUUCUUUCCACUUCUUGACAUAAGCGAUCAAAAAAGCACAUAAUGGUUUGUGCUAAAAAUUACAUUGGAUUUUCCCGUGAAAUUAUGCUAUGUGCUCGACAUUCUAAAAUAUUUUAUGAUGCCUGAACUCUAUACAUUUUGAGGUCAGGCAAACUUCAUUUUUUCUUCUCUGGAUGGAAACUAGUUGCACUUUCUUCCGCCCAUGGUUGGAAACAUUUAACUAAAAAAUGGAAACAAAAUUUUUUCUGUGAAUUUUGGUGUCUUUUACUGUGAUGACGGAAUGUAAAUAAAGUUGUUAUUUUCAGUAAAAAAA